AUCAUAUUGGACUUGGAAUUAGGUCCCUGGUCAAAAGUCAGAACAGGUGCACGCUACUCAUUUCUUGGAGCUUUCAUAAAUCGCAAGUAAUUGUUAGAGGUCCGUUUGGCAAAAUGUUAUUUAAAAACAUUUUAAUUAGAAUAUAUUAGAUUUUUUUGUAAACUAAAAAAAACCCUUUGCUGCUAAGUACGCGCGUGUACACGCGCCACAAAGAUCGUUUAGGACACCAUCGAUUUUCUGUUAGUUUUAUGACUUUUAUCCUCACGGAACGAAGCCGUUGGGUUAAAAAACAGAAUACCACUGCUGUUAAAAGUAACAUACAGUUAUUUUUCCCACGGAAAAAAAAAUUUUAAUAAUCAAAAUAAACAUAUAAAAUUCAGAAUAUUCGUAUUUCUCCGAAAAGAUAAUUUUCCAUUUUAUAUUCCGAAAGUAAAAUUUAAUUAAAAAAAGAAAAGAAAAACAAAAUACUAAGAAACAAACGCGGCUGCUGUACACCAAAACCAGAGUCUUUUUUUUUUUUUCUCUUUCUUUGUCCCCUCUCUCUCUCUAAUUUUUUUCUCUCUCUACUUUUCUUCCUGCUCAUUGUUUUGAGCUUCCGAGAUCGCAUAACACGAUCCAAAUUCCACGAUACAUAAAUCAAACGGAGCUGUCAAUAUCCAGAAUAAAUUCGAAAUUCUGAAUUUUUUUCUCGCGAGUGUAUAUCGCUUGACGCGCAUAUACCACCACUUCAAAAUUUUGAAGAUUUUUUUUUCUUAAUUUUAUUUGUUGGGUGAAGAAAUUGAAGUGCAAGUCUGAUCGGGAGAAAUAAUUCGUGUUUUCUCUGGGUCUUCAAUCCUUGAAAUGUGUCGUUGAGUUUUUUUGGAGGAAAGCGAACGGUGGAAGAGAAAAAAAAAAACAGCUUAGCUUUUAGGGAGUUUUUAUUGUUAGUAAUUUUUUUUUAAUUUUUUUUUUAAUUUUUGUCUCAUGAUAUCUGUGGGUAGUAGAGAUGGGAGAAAGAGGAUAGGAUUGGGAUUAGAAAUGGAAGAGACUGAGCUUGAAGAAGGAGAGGCUCUUAGUUGUCAUGAUGAGGAUGAAGAUUCCACUAUUGACCCUGAUAUUGCUCUCUCAUACAUUGAGGAAAAACUCCAAAAUGUGUUGGGGCAUUUCCAGAAAGAUUUUGAAGGUGGUGUUUCGGCUGAGAAUUUAGGGGCAAAAUUUGGGGGCUACGGUUCGUUUUUACCUACUUAUCAGCGGUCUCCAUCUUGGUCUCACACAACAAGGAGUCCAGCAGAGGUUCAUAACUAUGAUUCACCAAAAUCCCCAAGAAAGCUACAAUUAGAGGAUCAAAGACAAAAUUCAUUUGCUUCAUCAAGUGCUUCUCCAUCGGCAAGGUCGUGUGCUGCUUCAGAAAAAGCUUUAUCCUUGAAAGGAAAUGUCUACUUACAAUCUAGACAUGCUGAAGAGUCCAGCUUGAAAGGUGGAGUCACGAAGAAGUCCUUAAAACCUUCAGAUCAGAGAACUCUGAAGGUCCGCCUAAAAGUUGGCUCUGAAAAUUUGUCGACACAAAAGAAUGUUGACAUCUACAGUGGCCUCGGUCUUGUUGUCUCUCCAUCGUCUUCAUUGGAUGAUAGUCCCGCAAAUAGUGAAGGGGAAUGUGGUAAACUUUUGGAUGUGCCUGAGGCAUCACCCACCAGUAUUCUUCAGAUUAUGACAUCCUAUCCCGCGGAGUUACUUUUAUCGCCUCUAGCAGAAGAUCUGAUUCAUCUGUCAGAAAAAAAGAAGCCUAGGGGAAGGUGCGAGACUAAGUCAACGGACAAGACAAGCUCGGAAAGUUCUGGGAUGUUGGUGAAUGGCUCUCUUUCUAGUAGGAACAAUCAGAAAGUCCUUGAGCCAAAAAAAUUGAAGCCGUUAGAAAAAGUUGAUGCUUUUUCCUUAAAAAUAAUGAAUCAGAAAAACAACUGCGAUAUGGAUAAUGCUGUUUCUCUCUCGAAGAAGGAACAAGAAACUGAUAUCGACGCAUCAGGCUGUGAGGAACUUGUCUCUAAUGCCUUGAAACUUCCACUUCUAUCGAGUUCUCAAAAUACUGCUACAAAAGAUAUAUCAACUGUUCAUUUAAAUGCUCUGAAAGUUGGAGUGAAGGGAGAAACCUUCUCUGCACACAGAGAGAAGGAACAUUUGGAUAGUGAAUCUGCCCAAGAUAUUGGUAGAGUUGAGCAGUUGGUACCCAAGUCAGAAAAGCUUCACAGUUUGGAACAUUCCGAGUCAAAUGGGUAUAAGGGAAGAAAAUCUCUUAGUACUUCUGAACCCAGCGAUCCUUCAAAACAUUUGGUUGUUCAGAAAGUAGAAUCUGUCAGUGAGGAAAGUUUAAAGCCAGCUUUUGAUAAAUCUUCUUCUGAAGGCAAGAGGAAACAAAAAGUAUCUCAUAGUAAAGGCAGUCAGGGUUCGAUGGCAAAAGAUAAGUUGAUGGCCGAGUCUCCUCUGAAUCCUAAAAUUGGGAAGAGCUUCAAUACUAAUUGUCUUUUGCCUAAAGACAAUUCUCAUGAACCCCAAAAGGACCAUGAAAAACCAGGGGACAGGUAUAAGGACUUCUUUGGUGAUGUCAAAUUUGAUGACGAUGAUGAUGAAUUGAUUUCAGGGGAAAUGAAACCAUCGGGAAUGUUAAAAGAUCCUCAGUUUGUUGGCAAAAGAAGCUUAAAUGAAGAUCAUAACAUUUCGAAAGAGAAAUUUAAUGGUGAAAAUUCUGAAAAGCCACUCCUACCAGAAAAAUAUACUAGACCUGCUUCUCAUUUGGCUCCUCCCUAUCCAAACGGGCCGAGUUCUGAAGCCCCAGCUGGAAUGGUUCCUCUGGUUAAGGAAGAUUGGGUCUCAUGUGAUAAGUGUCAAAAAUGGAGACUUCUUCCACCUGAUAUUAAUCCCAAGAGUCUUCCUGAUAAAUGGCUUUGUAGGAUGCUUACCUGGCUGCCUGGAAUGAACCGAUGCAAUGUUCCUGAGGAGCUGACAACUAACACUUUAAGAGCCAUUUAUCAUCCAGCUCCUUCAGUUCCUGCCAUUGCUCCCGAGAGUCAACACAUCCAGCUUAAUAAUUCUGAUGUGACUUCAGCAGGAAUGACCUCAGUUGAUGCAAUUUCUGUCCAAAAUAUGACAACCAGUGCGAAGAAAAAACACGUGUCUGCAAAGGCAGCAAAUUCAACUGAUUUAGAUGGUUCUGCUCAGUCUUCGAACUCGCAGAAGAAAAACCUCGGUGCAUCUGUAAUAAUUGGUAAUUUGAACAGUGGAAAUAACUCAUCUUCUCCAGAUCCAAGUGGACAUCAGCAUGUGCGACAAUCAAGUAUUGCAGAUGAGAAGUACAAUGAUAUUAAAAGAGAAAAGAUAUCAGUUGUCAACUCUUCUGAGAAAGGUACAAACUUAAAGAUAAGGACCAAGUUAGAAGCUGAUAUUGAUGAUUCUAGAGCUUCCAAAAGGAUGAAGAGUGAGGAAUUACGCUUCGAUGAUGAAAAUUGGGCUUCUGAUAGUGGCAGGACUUCCUCAAAAGCAGGUCAUGGAUCGACCAGUUUGUCAAAUAAGGAUUUGAGGGGUGAAGCAAAGAAGAGUCUAGUCUCCGAUAUGAAUGCAGAAAUGCACGUUCCAGGUACAUCAGACAAUGGUUUGCUCAUUUCUGGAAAAUGUGAUGAUAAGGAAUCUGUUAAGAAGAGGAAACCAAAGGAACAUCUAGAGUCUGGUGAUUUUGUGGAAGAAAUGUGUGAAAGUAACCACCGGAAAGAAAAGAAAGCUAGAGUUUCCAUGUCUGGGGGAAAGGAUACCAAUGGAAGCAAAGCGAGUGUAGAUACUGACAGGAAGAGUAGGGGCAAAAAGGACCAAAAUAACGGGCAGUACCCGAGCAACACCCAUGCACCAGAUUAUUUGAAAAGUGAUAUAGGUGCUGUACAUCCUUCCCUUGCUGCCAAUUCAAGCUCUUCCAAGGUAUCUGGCUCAUAUAAAGACAAAACUAAUGGGCAAGAAGUUAAAGGUUCCCCAGUUGAAUCAGUUUCUUCAUCUCCCUCGAGAUUUGAUAAGGUCACAUCAAGUAGAAAGAAACUUACCGGAAAAGACGAUUUUCACGAUUGUGGCUAUGUAACUGCCGUUACUCCAAGAAAGCUUUCAGGUGGUGAAGAUGGAGGGGAUGACCGAACUAGAACGGUAAAAAAAGAUGCAAUUGUCACUGUCAAUGAACAUGUUACUGAUGUGUGCGAUGAUUCCUUGCUUCAAAGUAAUCAGUAUGCUGGUUCAAAACAUUCUUCUCAGCGAAGCAAAGUUGAAGAAAAGGCAAAUAUUGACCAAUCCCAGGGUAGUGAGUUUCACUCCAAGAAAUCUGGGAAGGGGUAUUCGUCACAAUCUAAAGAGAAGGGUCAUGCUUCUGGAUCCGACCUAGAUAAAGCUAACACCAAGGCUUCUGAUUCUAUGCAUGAUUCUUUAGAUAACGUGCAAUUGUACGAGGAGAAGUCGAAAAGUAGAAGAAGAAAGUCCGAUGAGAAAUCCGGCACUCCUAUUAACAGUGAGAAGCUUAUUUCCAAGAAAGAUACUGCUGUAGGAACAUCAACGGAGAACGGUAAAGGACAAAGUCAAAAGAAAUCUGGUCAUGAUGGACAAGAUGCAAUCAAAGGCCAGCAUAAGAAGCAUAAUCUUCAGCAGGAGCAUGACAAUGGGAAAUUACCAAAGAAAAGCAACCACACAGAAGUUUAUGGGAAUGGAAAGUCGCACUCACUUCCACCCUUAUCGAGGAAUCAGACCGAGGCUGUUGUGAGUCUCCAACAUGUAUCUGGAUCUCAGAAAGAAAAUGGUGUAAAAGGUUUGGCAGCUGAUUCGUUGGAGAAUGGUGACACACUAAAGCCACCAAAUCAGAGAAAGAAAGCUGAAAACUCGAAUGGUCAACCUAUAAGGCAUCCUACUCCUAAUACUCAUAAGAUUCGGGAUGUUGAAGCUCCAAGCCCCGUUCGAAGGGAUUCGUCCAGUCAUGCUGCUAAUAAUGCUUUAAAAGAGGCAAAGGACCUUAAACACCUGGCUGAUCGUCUUAAGAAUUCUGGAUCCACCGAGAGUAAUGGUUUUUAUUUCCAAGCUGCCCUAAAAUUUCUGCAUGGAGCAUCUUUGUUGGAAUCUGGAAGCAGUGAAGCCACAAAGCAUAAUGACUUGAUGCACUCAAUGCAUAUAUAUAGUAGCACCGCAAAACUCUGCGAGUUUUGUGCCCAUGAAUAUGAAAAGUCAAAAGACAUGGCUGCUGCUGCUUUGGCCUAUAAAUGUGUGGAGGUUGCUUACAUGAAAGUGGUUUAUUCUUCGCAUGCCAAUGCAAACAGGGACCGAAAUGAGUUGCAAACCGCUCUACAAAUUGUUCCCCCUGGUGAAUCUCCUUCCUCAUCUGCCUCUGAUGUUGACAACUUGAACCAUCAAGCAGCUUCAGACAAGGCUGCAUUAGCCAAAGUUGUUGGUUCCCCUCAAGUUUCUGGGAACCAUAUCAUUACUUCACGGAAUCGUUCUAGUUUCUUGCGAGUUAUAAACUUUGCACAAGAUGUUAGUUUUGCAAUGGAAGCCUCGAGAAAAUCGAGAAUUGCUCUAACAUCUGCUACUACAAGACUCGGUGAAACCUCACACAAAGAUGGUAUCUAUUCGCUGAAAAAGGCACUUGAUUUCAAUUUCCAAGAUGUUGAGGGUUUGUUGCGCCUUGUUCGAAUCGCAAUGGAAGCCAUCAAUCGUUAAAAUAGCAUUGUUGCUUAUCAUGCUAUCGGGUCCCUCCAUCAAAUCACAGAGUUCCAUCAGAAUAUCACCCUUGUAAAAUCUGUACAGUUAUACUUGACUUCGACAAUGCUUGUUUCCCAUUCUUUAUAAUACAGCUGUGCUUGGACAAAAA